AUGAAUGUACGGCCACCGAUAGAGGUCUCCACCCCAGAGGCCGUCCUCUCGGUCUCGUUUAACAACGACGCGAGCUGCUUCGCUGCCGGUCUUGACUCGGGCAUCUGCAAUUUCAACGCCGGCAUUGGUCUCGUCCAGAUGAUGGGCAUGACCAACUAUCUUGCCCUCGUCGGCGGAGGCAGGAAUCCCAAGUUCGCCAUGAACAAGGCAUGUCGCUUUCAGGCUAUAAUAUGGGAUGAUAUGAAGGGAAAGGUGGCCCUGGAGAUCACAGCCUUGACAUCCGUCCGAGGCGUCCAACUUGGCCGAGAGCGCAUCGCCGUCGUCCUCCAGAACAGCGUCCGCGUCUACUCAUUCGCCAAGCCUCCGGAUCUCCUUCAUGUUUACGAAACCGCCGAUAACCUACUCGGCCUCUGCUGUCUCUCUGAAAAGAAGCUUGCCUUCCCUGGUCGAACACCCGGCCAGAUCAUGCUCAUCGAGCUGGCGACUGGCAACGUCAGUAUCAUCCCCGCGCACUCCUCGGCUCUCAAGGCCAUUGCUCUGAGCCCGGAUGGUGAGCUUCUUGCCAGCGCCAGUGAGAUGGGCACUCUCAUUCGCGUCUAUUCGACAAGCAACUGUGCCAGGCUCGCCGAGUUACGCCGUGGCAUCGACCCAGCCACCAUCUUCUCCCUCGCCUUCUCACCCUGCAACACCAUGCUUGCCUGCACCUCAGACAAGUCCACACUUCACAUCUUUGACGUUGCCCACCCACGACGGCCAGCCAUGAACCGGAGCCAGCAGCUCGGCAGUUCUGGGUCGGAUCCUGGAGACGGCACAGGGAAGUGGGGAAUUCUCAGCAAGAUCCCUCUGAUGCCUCGAGUCUUUUCAGAUGUCUACUCCUUCACAUCAGCGCCUUUCGAGGCCGGCGAUGAGACCAUGAUAGGAGGCAUCCCCUUCUCGGAAGGUCUAGUGCUUGGCACGUCACAACCACCAAAGGGCGUGAUUGGUUGGAUCGGCGAGGAUAGCUUGGUGGUGAUCGGAGCAGGACACGACGCACGAUGGGAGAAGUUUGUCAUUGUAAAUGGCGAAGACGGCAAGCGACACUGCGUGAGGGAAGGCUGGAAACGAUAUCUGGGCAACAGUUGA